UGAACCUUUGAGAAGCUCUCUCUCUCUCUCUCUCUCUCUCUCUCUCUCUCUCUCUCUCUCUCUCUCUCUCUCUCUCUCUCUCUCUCUCUCUCUCUCUGUGCGCUGUGGGUAAUAAAGUAGCGUGUUGUUGCUGUGACGUUACAGCAGAAGCUGCUCAACUGCUAUUAGUGACUCUCUUUAGUCUGGGAGUAAGCUUAUCCUCUUCUGAUAGUUGGCAGAGCAACAAUCUUAAACAAAAGAAACAAAAAAACAAACAAAAACAAAGCAAAAUAAGAGGCAGUUAGAAGAAGCGUUCUCCUCUUCCUGCGGAGGAGAGCCACUUUGUGUGUGUGUGGAACAUUUGGAGAAGCAUAGCCUCUUUGAGUGAUACUGGUGUGUGUUUGUGUAAAAUAUUGGAAGUGGUGCAGUGCCAGCAGUCAUACCCGUUUGGGUCUUUGGCAGUGCGGGGCCAGGGAGGUAGGUGUGCCAGGUGCUGUGAUAUUAUAAGCUGAAGGCACUGACUGAAGCCAGAGUAGGGGCUCCUCACCAUGGCCUCUCAGCCCGUGUAUUCAGGAGCCAGAAUAUUGGGGCGUUGGUCUCUGAAUGCAGAGGGCAGUGGGAGCAGUGAGGAGGCUUUGGACCGGCUCCUGCUGCCCGUUAGCGCCCCCCGCAGGAAGAGCAGCAGCCUGGGCACACCGGAGCCGCCCCUCCUGCGCACCAGCACCAGAACCAUCUACACCGCCGGCCGGCCGCCGUGGUACAACCAGCAGGGCGCUCAGUCCAAGGACGCCUUCGUCAUCGGACUCUGUGGUGGCAGUGCUUCAGGGAAGACCACAGUGGCCAAUAAGAUCAUUGAGGCUUUGGGUGUACCUUGGGUGGUGUUGCUGUCCAUGGACUCCUUCUACAAGGUUCUUUCUCCAGAAGAGGAGGCACUGGCUGCUAGUAAUGACUACAAUUUUGACCACCCAAAUGCCUUUGACUUUGACCUGCUGGUGCAGACGAUUUGCAAGCUCAAACAGGGCAAGAGUGCGAAGAUACCGGUGUAUGACUUCACCACACAUGGCCGACAGAAAGAGUGGCUCCUGGACAUGAAGAUCUUUGUAGACGCGGACUCUGAUAUCCGAUUGGUCCGCAGGCUACGCAGAGAUAUUACAGAGAGGGGGCGAGACAUUGAGGGCGUUAUCAAACAGUACAACAAGUCUGUGAAACCUGCCUUUGAGCAGUACAUCGAACCAACCAUGCGCUUGGCUGAUAUCGUAGUGCCACGUGGGGGUGAUAACAUGGUGGCCAUUGACCUGAUUGUGCAGCAUGUCCAUAGCCAGCUGGAGGAGCGGGAGCUCAGCGUCAGGUCAGUCCUGGCCUCUGCUCACCAGGCCCAGCCUCUUCCUCAGACUCUCAGUGUGCUGGAGAACACGCCCCAGGUCAGGGGCAUGCACACCUUCCUCAGGGAUAAGGAAACCACCCGUGAUGAGUUUAUCUUUUACUCCAAGAGACUGAUGCGCCUGCUAAUUGAGCAUGCUCUUUCUUUCCUGCCCUCCCAGACCAGCACAGUGCAGACUCCACAGGGUCAGGACUAUGAGGGGCGGCGCUUCUGUGGGAAGGGGAUUACGGGCGUGUCCAUCCUCCGUGCAGGAGAAACCAUGGAACCUGCCCUCAGGGCUGUCUGCAAGGAUGCGAGGAUUGGAAAAAUCCUGAUUCAGACGAAUCAGGACUCAGGAGAACCGGAGCUGCACUACCUGCGCCUGCCCAAAGACAUCAGCGAGGAUCACGUCAUCCUGAUGGACUGCACAGUGUCCACUGGCGCUGCCGCCAUGAUGGCUCUGCGUGUUUUACUGGACCAUGACGUGGAAGAGGGCAGGAUCCUGCUGGUGUCUCUGCUGAUGGCGGAGAUGGGGGUGCACUCAGUGGCCUACGCCUUCCCCCAGGUCAAGAUCAUCACCACCGCCAUCGACAAGAGCGUGGACGAGCUCUUCCACAUCAUCCCUGGCAUGGGGAAUUUUGGGGAUCGCUAUUUUGGUACGGACGCCCUGCCAGACAGGAGUGAUGAGGAGGGGCUUGGUGAGGCCAGUUACUGACAGCAGAAGGAUCCAAGGGCAACGAAUCAAAGCGCAGAAUGCAGGGACGUCCCCCCAUUCCCUUUGCCUCUCCAGCCAAUACAGUCUCAGAGAUUCGUAUAGAGACCCAGGACUUUAGCCCCCCAGCCACAGACUGCUCCCUGAACACAGCAGUACAGCUACAACAGGAACUCCUUAUCAGCACACCAUGACAGCCAUGCUUAUAAAACAUGUUAAUAGAUUAGUGCAGCUGUUUACAUGUGUUGAUACAUAUGUAUGUGUUACAUGUGUACAUAUGUUUGAUUAGAGGAAGGAUUUUUCAAAAAAUGAGUGAAAUGGGGAAAAGUGUGAAAUGGGGAACAAAAUACUUUUAUUUUUGUUUUAUUUAUUUAUUUAUAUAUUUUUGAAUAUUUGUGAAAAUAGUAUGUGUAUGAAAUACAAUAUUGACUUGGUGCAACAUUUUUAAUAUGACAGAAUGUGUCCAUAUAUAGGCCACUGGAUUUGAAUACCGUAUCAACAAACAAUGAAAAAGCCUUUUAUAUAGUUUCUUUUUAAUAUUUAAUGUGUUCUGUGUUAAUAACUGUUCGCAUAGAGUUUCAUAUUAAUGAAUACCUCAUAUGAACCUAGCAAAUGAAAUACAACAGUUGUUUGUGAGUAGGAAGGUGAAUUGUUGUGAGGGCCACUUUACUGGAAAGUUGCGUGGGCAGACUUCUUUCUGUAGCUCUUUGGUCUUUGGUCCCCUUUGCUGAAAGCUGAUUGGCCACAUUGUUAAAGCAUACAGAGAUGAGUAUCUCAUCAGAAGUUCAUAAGAGUUAUGAAUGUUUAGACCCUCAUCCCUGCAGUGCUGUUUCAAUACAAACACAUGCACUGACUACGGCAGUUGUCUGUCAAUGUGCAUGAUGUUCCCUUUGCAUGCCAUUGUAUGUUGUGAGAGAGAGAGAGAGAGAGAGAGAGAGAGAGACUGGAGGGGUGUACAACUUAAGGACUUGGUGCUAUUGUACAGGACAAUACAGUGAACCUGUGUAGAAGCAGUCUGCUCUACACUAGUGUUAGUAUUUCAGUAUGCGCCCCCACCACCACCACCACACACACACAGUAAAGAUCCUCAGAUUGAAGGCAUGAGUUGUUAUAUUCUCUCUCUACAGGAUGCAGGCAGACCUUACCUUCAGGGUCAGCCCUAUGCCCAUGUGCUGUUUUUACCAUAUAUGGCAGCAGUGUGCUACCAGCAGACCCUGCUGGAAACUUUUGUGGUGGUCGCACCGGUGGAUACACGUGCUCCUCUGAUUUCUUACAAACAAUCAGAACAUAUUCAGCAACUGUUCCGCUGUGUAUUUUUAAUACUGUUAUUUAUAUUUGUUGAAUACUAAGGUAAAAAGGUGUGAAUAAAAUUUUAUGCAAUGGUCAAAAA